AGGACAUAAAGAAUCUUUAGAGUAUUUUAGUUUUGCCAAAGAUUUUGAUUGCUGCAGAUCAUCAUCGUUGUUCAAAAUGAAUUCGUCUCCAGGGCGCAAGUCUCGGUCUUUCCGUCGGAGAUCAUCACCUAAGAUUGUAGAUGACAUGACCCUUGCUCAGGAAAAGGAGUCUACCAGAACACCAACUCCACCACAACUGAAAGAAUUUAUAAAAUUUUCCCCAUCGCCACCACCAAGUGAUAUUGAAAAAAUCCAUAUUGAUGCCACAGAAACUUCAUUACCAGAAGUAGAUAUUGAUAACUCAGAAACUUCAUUACCAGAGGUAGAUAUUGAGGCCACAGAAACUUCAUUACCAGAGGUAGAUAUUGAGGCCACAGGAACUUCAUUUCCAGAGGUAGAUAUUGAGGCCACAGAAACUUCAUUACCAGAGGUAGAUAUUGAGGCCACAGAAACUUCAUUAACAGAGGUAGAUAUUGAGGCCACAGGAACUUCAUUUCCAGAGGUAGAUAUUGAGGCCACAGAAACAUCAUUACCAGAGGUAGAUAUUGAGGCCACAGAAACUUCAUUAACAGAGGUUGAUAUUGAGGCCACAGAAACCUUAUUACAAGAGGUAAAUAUUGAGGCCACAGAAAUCUUAUUACCAGAGGUAGAUAUUGAGGCCACAGAAACUUCAUUACCAGAGGUAGAUAUUGAGGCCACAGAAACUUCAUUACCAGAGGUAGAUAUUGAGGCCACAGAAACUUCAUUAACAGAGGUAGACAUUGAGGCCACAGACACUUCAUUACCAGAAAUAGAUAUUGAGGCCACAGAAACCUUAUUACCAGAGGUAGAUAUUGAGGCCAAAGAAACUUCAUUACCAGAGGUAGAAAUUGAGGCCACAGACACUUCAUUACCAGAGGUAGAAAUUGAGGCCACAGAAACUUCAUUACAAGAGGUAGAAAUUGAGGCCACAGAAACUUCAUUACCAGUUGCAGUGCAUAUUGCUUCACCAAACGUUGGACAUGAAGGAGGUAAUAAUUUUUCCAUUUUAAAAAAAAAAUAA